AGCCCGGUCUUCCAGCUCUUGUUCCCAGUCUUUUACCUUCACCUUCACGCCACAGUUACCUGCACUCUUUCUCCUCCGCGCCCGUUUCUCCAACUAUAUCCAGUCCCUUGAAGCCCCGCUCGUUGCGUGCUAUAUAUACCGCUCGACCUGAAGAUUUCGUAACCGCGUGUCAACUAGCUCCACCACGAGCGUUGCUACCCCCCGGUGUCCGUGCAUACGAGCAUCCACAAAGCCCUCCAAGAUGCAAAUGGACGGCUGGACAGACUACCUUCACGUCGCGUUCUACGGAGAGCACGUUCUCUUCCCCGCGUUCCGUCUCGAUUCAGCAUGGCAUUUCGUCGUGGCCUCGAUCUUCACCGCCCUUCUUUGUCUCGCAGAACGCGCCCUCACGUAUGCUAUCAACAAGAACUGGACGCCCUUCGCAUGCACCCGUCGCUCCCGCUUCCGCCGGGCGGUGUGGAAGUCGGUGUUGUACUGGGUCGUCACCUUUGCCAGGCUGCUGUACAUGCUGGUAGCCAUGACCUUCAGCAUCGGAUUGAUCCUCGUCUCCGUCACCUCGUUGUCUGUCGGCCAAUUCGUCAUUGAAUAUCUUGACAACCACGGGCCAGACCACACUGGGAACGAUGUGGAAACCGUGAAAGAACCACUGCUUUCAUCGUCACCUACAUCCCGGGAUCAGCAGAGUCCUGUCAGGCGUCUCCGCUCGAAGUCGAAGCCCGCAAGCAUUUUCAUCCACCCUGCACAGUCUAACAUCGCACGAGCGGACGCGGCGGCUAUUCACAUGGGCUUGGCAUGGGAUACAGAAUUGGUGAAGGGAAACAUGCAUGCACCCGGAGGCGAACCGGCGUGGAAGAUUGGAAGAGGAAAGGAUCUUGCAAGGCAAAUGAUGCGCCGGGGCGGCGCUGUCUGA